AUGAGCCAGAGAUGGGGAAGGCAGUUGCCUGGGCUUCCCUGGGUGCAGACACGGAGUUCUGGAAACGUUAGGGGUCUUUUCCCAUUCUGAGGAGACUCGCAGAUCUGGCAUAGGAGGAGGUGGAGCAGGUCCCAGUGUGGGGCUGAGCCCUGGGUGCGCAGGGGAGCUUUUAAAGGCAGGAUUGCAACAUGAGGAGCUGGGGACAACUGGCCUAUCUCCUGUCGCCCAUGUGGGCAGCAAUGAGCCCGGUGGCCCUGGGACUUGGCCCCCACGCCAAGGAGAAGGAUGCUCCAGAAAGGCUGAGGCAUCAGUUGCAGCUUGGCUCCUGCACCUACACUUUCCUGCUGCCGGAGCUCGGAGGCUGUAGCUCCCCAGCAUCUGAGCAGCAAGUUUCCAACUCACUCCAGAGGGAUGCUCCAUCCCCAUCCGCAGCCAAGUGGCCUGUGAAAAGGUUCCAGCAGCUGGAGAACAUCAUGGAGAACAACACCCAGUGGCUGCAGAAGCUGGAGAGCUACAUCCAGGAGAACGCAAGGAUGGAAAUGUCUGACAGCCACCUCGGUGCUGUUCAGAACCAUACAGCAACCAUUCUGGAAAUUGGUGCAAGUCUUCUAAACCAAACAGCUGAGCAGACUCGCAAGCUCACCGAUGUAGAGAUGCAGGUUCUCAACCAGACUUCACGGCUGGAAAUCCAAGUACUGGAAAACUCUCUGACUACCAAUAAGCUUGAGAAACAGCUGCUGCUGCAAACCCAUGAGAUCCAUAAGCUCCAAGAGAGAAACAGCUUCCUAGAGAAAAAGGUCCUUGCCAUGGAGGGAAAACGGGAAGAGGAACUCCACAGCCUCAGGUCUGACAAGUUGGAAAUGCAGAAGCUGCUCUCCAGGCAGAUGGACCUCGUGGUCCAGCUGGAGCAACGCCUGGGCACCGCUCUGCGCAACAACACAGCCCUGCAGAAGCAGCAGGCCUCACGGGCAGAGGCGCUGACGCACCGGGCAGGCCUGGCAUCCCAGUGCGGCCAAAUUUAUCUGGGGCCUCCAGAAGAGCAAAAGACAUUCGAAGACUGUGCCGCUGCAUACAAAUUGGGGUUCACCAGCAGUGGAGUCUACACCCUGUCAUUUCCCAAUAGCUCAGCCACUGCAAAAGUGUUUUGUGACAUGGAGACCAGUGGAGGAGGCUGGACUGUGAUACAACACCGGAAGGAUGGUUCUGUAGAUUUCCAGCGCACCUGGAAGGACUAUAAAAAGGGCUUUGGCUCCCCACCAGGAGAAUAUUGGCUGGGCAACGACUUUCUCCAUUUGCUCACCACGCAACAUCCCCAGUCCCUCUACAUCAAGCUCCAAGACUGGGAGAACGAGGAGGCCUUUUCCACAUAUGAGCAUUUCCAUGUCGGCCCCGAGGAGCAUAACUACCGACUUUCUGUGAGGAGAUACGGCGGCACAGCAGGGCGCACCAGCAGCCUCAGUCCCGUGCGAGCGGACUUCAGCACCAAGGACAGGGACAACGACCGCUGCGCGUGCCAGUGCGCACAGAUUGCUGGCGGAGGCUGGUGGUUUGAUGCGUGUGGUCCCUCCAACCUGAAUGGCAUUUAUUACUCGCCCAGCCCGGCAGUGGUCAGGUACAAUGGCAUGAAGUGGCAUUACUGGAAAGGUCCCAGCCAUGCCCUCAAGAUGACCACCAUGAUGAUCCGCCCCGUGGCUUUCAGAGAGGAGUAAGGGAGCCUGCCAUGUGGCCACAGGCUGAGACGGACCGGCAGGCUGAGAGACACCCGCGGGCUCUGCCUAAGCCCGAGCACAGCUCAGUGGCUCCCUUCAAACUGUGCAUGCCCAGCUGAAGACCGGACACGCGGUUGGGAUACUGGGUCGGGGUGGAUGGAUCCAUCAAUCCUGUUCUUGCUGGAAUGGUUGGCUUUCUGGGGGCCAAGAUUGUUCCAUCCCAUUUUGCAGAAGGCGGCGAUUUAAAAAGAAGAAGAAAUCUGUACAUCAAUUGAUACUUGCUGGGUGCAUCUUCCCUAAUGUAUUAAUUUUUAAAAGGUGAAUUUCCCCCAGUUAAUUUCCAUUGCUGUAAUGCACUUUGUACAUACUUGUCUGAAAUAUUUGUAUUUUGUGUUUGUUGUUCCUUAACCUGCAAGUCUUUUCCCCUGAUGAGCUGUAACAGGAAGCCUCAGACUAGCAGCUGCGAGAAUCUAGGCUGGCAUUUUAUUGGUGAGACCCACCCAGGUAACCCUCUGCAGAGUACAAACCUACAGCAGCGCUGCUGGGUCCAGGUGUGCAAACAAUUACAAUCUUUUAGAACAUAUACAGAGUGUUUUAUCUGCUUCUAGUUGGGUACAUGGGAACAGGGCAGAGGAUGAAAUAGUGUGUACAUAAUGUACACUAUUAUGUACACUAUAAUGUACACUAUUACACAAAAACAAAGUGAGAUCUGCAGAGGGGCAGGAAACAUUAGUACAGCAAAUAUCAAGGAUUACAGGAUUUUGAUGUGCCAAUUAUGAAUUAUUGCAAGGCUUGGCUGUGAGUUUACACAUGUUAAUGACAGUAAUUGCAACACUGCCAAAAAACCAGACUGGCAGCUUUACUGCUGCUAGAAGAAGAAUGGUCCCAUUUAACUUUCCUCGAGAGCCACAUUCUGCAGAGGAUUAACUUUUUGCAAAUAAAUGCAGAGUCUGAGCUUCUUAAAGAUCACCAAUAACACUUCAGGGAAAGGGAGUCUGGCCUGGAAUUCUGUUUCAUUCUGGGCAAGAGGAGCAGGGACACUGCAGGUAUGAUUGUAUAUCACAAAGACACUUAUAAGCAACCUUCUUCUAUAAAGAUGUAUUUGGAUUUUCCCAACAGCUGCAUCACCUGACGUGGCAAUGUGUAAAUUCUGGGAUGCAACUGCAUCUUAGCUUGUGUACUGGCUAAGUUCCUGUUAAAACCUCCCACUCA